AUGGCUUCAAAUAGUCUAGACGAUGAAAAACCAAAUUUACGACCAACGAAAUAUAAUAGUGCUAGUGGUAAAAGUCUUUAUUUACAUUAUAAUCCUAAUCAAUCAUCGAUGAAAUCAUAUAUUCAUGCAACAUGGAAAAAUAUCGAUAAAGAUUUAAAUGAAUUUUCUUAUGAUGAACAAGAUCUAUUUGGCAUUGAGCAACCUAAUAUUGAAUAUUCUUUAAAUAAACAGCAACGAUGGAAAAUAUUAAAUGAAAUUCGUCAGCGAAUUGCUAAUCAAUCGAAUUCAUCAUCAGAUAGUGAACUUAAUAUACAAUCUGAUUCAGAACAGAGAUCAAAAAAGAAAAAAACUCGACGACAACAUUUAAAUACUCAUCAAACAAAAUAUCGUUUAUAUGAAUUUCAUCGAAUUGAACAAAAAACCAAUUGUAUAGGAAUAAUUACUAAUACAAAACAACAACGUAUACAAACACCUAGAAAAACUUAUAUGAAUAAAUCAAUAGAUAAAAUUAAAGAAGAAGAACAAAAUCAUCAAAAUAAUGAUGACAAUAAAACACGACAAGCUACUCCUGAUAUAACUUAUUUUGCGGUAGUUCCACCACCACGAGAAAAACAAUUAGUUAAUAUUAAAAAAAAUUACAGUACAAAAAGAAAGAAAACAAGAUCAUGUACACAACGUGAUCAAUUCACUGAAGUCAGAGAACGAUUAGAUAUUGAGGAACAAUUAGAAAAUGAAAAAGAAAAUUUAUCAACAGAUGACGAUGAAUCCAUAAUAUCAUACUAUACUUCAUCAAAACGUGAUGAGUUACAAUUAAAUGAUUUCAUUCCUAUCACAUUAAACGAUGAUAAUAAUAAAGUAUCUUUUAAAUCAGACAAUAAACGUCAUUCGAAAUCAUUACAGACUUAUCCUGAUGAAAUCGAUUCGUUGAAACAAAAAGUUCUAUUCCAUCGUCAAAUAAGUAACAAAAAGAAACUUUAUUAUCAAGAUAAUAGUACAUAUGUCAAAAUGCAACAAAAAUCUGAUAAAACAAAUACAUCUAAAAAAAAAUCUUCUCAUCAUUUAAUGUCAUUAUCAUAUCGUACGAUUUAUUUACAUCAAACAGAUUUAACUAUUGAACAUCUAUCGAAAAGUUAUGGAAAAAAUUUUGUUCAUGCUCAAUGUUAUCCAACAAAAUAUUUUAUUUGUCUUACAGAUCGUUUGAAAUCAUUUCAAUGGUCCAAUAAAUCUAAUUUUUUUUCAUCUCAUCAAGCACUUAAUUGUUAUCUUAUUAUUAUAUUAAAUGAUAAUGAAAAUAAUAUUUGUCAAGGACAAGUUGCUCUUAAUAUGGAUUUAAAUAGUGAUACAAUAGAGAUUGAAAAUUUAUCUCAAUCGAAAGACAUGAUUUAUAAAAUUGAUGAAUUAAUUAAUAAAACAAUUGAAUUUAUAACAAAUUUACCAUUGAAUAAAUUUAAACGAAUUAAUUUAGAAAUCAAUCAAAGAAAAGUUUAUCCAAAUGAAAUAGAUAAUCAAUUAAGUGAAAGUGAAUUUAUUAAUAAACAAAUUCAUCAAUUAAAUUUAUUAGAUAAAAAUGAUUUACAAAAUAAAUUAAAUAUUGAAGAAUUAAAUAAUAAUAAUAAUAAUAAUUUAACUCGACCUGACAUUUGUACAAAUUGUUGUUGUGAUAUGAAUGAAUUAACACCAAUGACAGCAUUAAAAUCUUGUUCACAUUGGUUAUGCAAUUUAUGUUGGAAACAAUAUCUUGAAAAUUCAAUUAAAUCUAUCCGAAUUAUACGUUGUCCAGAAUGGAAUUGUUGUUCACUUGUUGAUAUUGGUGGUUGUAAUCAUAUGACAUGUCGAUGUGGUGCUGAAUUUUGUUGGCUUUGUGCUACUUAUUGGAAAGAUCAUUUUUCAUCUAGUGGUGAAUUUCGAUGUCCAAAACAAGAAAUAUCAAUUGAAAAACAAAUUCUAACUAAAGAUCGUAAUCCAUCUCGAAGACUUUAUGAACACGCAAUUUAUCAUCGAAAUAGACGUGCUUUUCAAAAUCAAGCAAAACAAAAUGAAAAUGUUAAACGUCUUAUUGGGACAAUACCAUUAGAUAGAGGAACUUUUUUUGAUACUUCACUUAUGAAAUCACAAAUUGAUAAACGUGAAGCACUUUUACAACAUUCAUAUGAAGUGGUUAAAUAUGUUAAUUAUUUACAUCGUGUAUGUGAAUUUAUUGCUGUAGCUGCUGAUGGUUAUGCCAAUAAUCCAAUUGAAUUUGCUAAUAGUUUAUAUCCAUUCGAAACUCUUAUUUUUAAUAUGAGUCAAAUAUUUGAAAGUGGUCGUGGUUAUCAAGCUAUUGAACAAUUAAAUGAUUUACAUAAAAGAAGUGAAAAAUUAAUAGAACGUCUUCGUCAUGCUGUAAAUAUUCGUAAAAUGCAUCGAAUAAAACGAACUGGAUAUGUAACUUCUUGA